UCAGAGUGCAAACUGAUGCAACCAGUGCAACUUGGAUCAAAGCCGAGUAUGGCGUCACUACGGUAGUCAAGUGAAAUGUCAAAAUUGCGGAACGUGAGUAUAUACACAUUCGGUUAAUGCUCGAUCUAUCUAAAAUUCUCGAAAGUUUUCGACGUAACGACAUCAUAUCAAGUGUUUUAACCAACACGUCUCAGUGAAUCUUGUUGGCAUUGUAGUUUAAUGCGACGAACCGAUAAUUUAUCGGUAUUAAAAUAUCAAAGCAUUGACAAUAAAUUGUGAGAUGUUUGUGCAUUCCCAGCUGAUAGGUUUUGACAUAUUUGACAGUUGUGUAAUUGCAUAAUUGUGUCCAGUAGCGUGCUCUGAUGAACGAUUGUAUAUGAUUUAAUAAAAAAGCCAUACAGGAUGGCCGAACUGGAUGAUCUAUAUCAUUCAGAUCAGUACCUAGGUCCAGAGACGCUUACAGAUCUUUGCUUCAAAUUAAUUUGUGACAAUCUUGAUAUCAUUUCGGUCAAAGACAAGCACGGUCAUCGUACUCUACGCAAAGGACUUGCCUUCCCUGCAGAAAUAUGUCAUAAGUUUAUCGAGUAUAUGCAGCGAAGUGAAACAAGAGAAAACGAUGACUGCUUCUUUUCUAUCUUCAAGGAUACAACAGCCACAAGACUAAAACGUGUUAAAAUUAUAAGUUGUAGUUUGACAGAUGCUUCUGUUGAAACAUUAAUGAAGCAUAAACUUACCGAUUUAGAACUCACAAAUUGCACUAAUUUAACAGUUCUUUCUAUUGAACAUGUAAAUGCCAAUUCUGAAAACCUACGUAGUCUAGUAUUUCAUGGAACUUCGAUGGUUAUACCAUCAAGAUUAACAUUUGGUACAGAUGAGAACUCUCCUGUUAAACAUUAUGAGCGUGGUUACGUUUUCAAAACACCAAACUUAAGACGUUUAGCGUUAGGAUAUGUUGGUAUUCCAGAGAGAGAGUAUAGUUUACUUUUGGCAGGCUUAACAAAUUUAACUCAUUUGGAUUUAUCCAAUUGUUUUGAAGUACUGAACUUUGAUUUUUACGAUCAUGUUCCAAAUUUAGUAUCGUUAACAUUGUACAAUGUAAAGGUCAAUGGUGAUCCAAUAGCAUUUGUUAAUAACAUAUGUCACUUAAAAAAACUUAGGCACUUGGACAUCUCGCAAUCUAAUUUCAAACAAGGGCAAUUUGAACAUCCUAAUAGAAUUUUAAGGCGUAUAGUACUUGGAUUGCCCGAGUUAGUUUCUCUGGAUAUUGGAGGCACUAAUCUUGCAGGAAGAGGAGUUGCCGAACGACCCCUUGACACAGUCUUAGAAGAUUUAACAAAUAAUGCUCUUUGUGACAUACCAGGUCUUGCAUCUAGAAUUCACAAACCAUUACAAUUUUUAGGUCUUUAUGGAACUGCUCAUGCAGCUUGUAAAAGACACGAUAUACCAGCGAAAGUGAUAGCAGGAGAUGCAAAUGAAGAUCAAAUAUUAAUUGCGGCUCAUGUUUGUAUGAACAACAAACAAGAAUUAUUACAAAAAGUGUUGAGCGAUCUCUAUCAUGUAUUCAGAUAUGAAAAUUGUCAAAGAAUGGAUCAAGCUCUUCGUACUGUAUUAGAAGCGAUGGAAAAACAUCCGUAUCAAAAACAUAUACAAAUAUCUGGAAGUGCUACUUUAUUUUACAUAGUAAAAAUGAAGGAAAAAGGAGAACUAGUUGUAGGAGUUAGGAAAAGAAUUAUUAGCACUUUAUUGACAGGAAUGAGUCUUCAUAGAGAUGAAGAAACUAUGAUGCGUAAUGGUUGUUUGGCAUUAUGUCAAUUUCGCAUACCACAGGACGUGAUGUUCAACUACGAAGCAUUAGUAAAAGUGCUCUUACAUUCUGCUAAGCAUGCAGAGCCAGAAGGAUUUGUACAACGUAUUGGAAUAUAUUUAUUAAACUCUCUAGCUUGUCAAGUUGAAGGCAAAGAAAAGUGUCUUUUAGGCAAAUUAGGUUGUGUUAAAACAAUGCUUGAAUUAGUCGAAUAUAGAGUAGAAUCUGGAAUAUUUGACGAUGUGUUGGAAGUAGCAUGGUCUACGAUGUGGAAUAUGACGGAUGAAACAGCUAUAAAUUGUCAACGAUUUUUAGAUGAAAGAGGAAUGGUACUCUUUCUAAAAUGUGUAAAACGGUAUCCAGGAAAGGAAGAAUUAUUGAGGAACAUGAUGGGUUUACUUGGUAAUGUCGCGGAAGUAGAUUAUUUGAGAGUACAUCUUAUGCAACAUCGAUAUGUAUGUGUUUUUGCCAAUCUACUGCGUUCUAACAGUGAUGGCAUCGAGGUAUCUUAUAACGCAACCGGUAUACUCGCACAUAUGGCAUCCGAUGGUGUCGAAGCUUGGACGCUUGAUAAACCUAGCCGAGAUGAAGUUUUAGAUUUUAUGGUCCAAGCUAUUGAAAGAUGGGAUUUAUCUGCGGAACGUAACAUUAAUUAUCGUUCAUUUUUACCGCUUUUACGUUUACUGGAUGUAUACCAUACUCCAGAAUGUCAACAUUGGGCUGUAUGGGCACUCGCCAAUCUUACCAAUGUUUAUCCACACAAAUAUUGUUCAUUAGUUAUAAAAGAAGGAGGAAUAGAAAAACUGAAUGCUCUUAAAAUAGAUCGAAGGCCGUACGAACGAAUUAAAGAACUUGCAACAAUUGUAAUAGAAAAUUGCUGUCAAGAUAACAGUCAUUCCAAUGAUGGGAAUUAUCUUCAAGCACACUCAGAUGCAGAAUAUAGCCUUGAUGGUUAAAAAAAUUGUCAUUAAUAUGAUUCAUGUGCAACAUUAUUGAAUACAGAAUGUUCAACCGUAGUAUAGAGAUUUAAAGCUAACAAUUGAUGAAAGUGUGUGGUGAUUUUAUAUCCGUAGUAAUUAUCAUACAAAAAAAAAACAAUAUGCAGAGAUGACACGUAAUAAGAUGUUACCUUAUCCCAGUGAUAUUCUUACAGAUAAUAUUUAAAAAAGAAAAAGGAAAAAACAGAAAAAAGAAACAAAUAAUUGCUUAAAUAUAGCAAAACAUGUUGCGCUAUGACAAUUUAUAUAGCGUGUUGUUAAUUCGUUAGUGAUACUCCAGAUAUUUAUAGUUUUUAUUAUUACUAUUCUCUAUUAAUAAUCUAUCUUUGAAUCAGAAAUUAUUUUUAUCAAUGUACAUAGUUAUAUCCUGUAUCAUAAAUUGAAUCUCUGAGAUAAGAUGAUUGUGACUAUCUAAUAUUUCUAUUUUUUGUUUCACAACAUUAGAUCUCGCAAAAACUGUGUGUAACAGUUGUACAUUGGCGUUGUCUUAUGUAAUUCAAUAGUUUAGCUUUGAUCACUCAGCUGCUGAAAUAUUGUCUACAAGCACUGUGUAGAUAUUAUUUAUUAAAUGACUUGAAUAAAUAAAGAGACUUAAAAAUAAGAAGCAUGUCAAUGUAUGUCACUGUAAAUAGAGCUAAAGUGCAGGGAGUAAAGUGAAAUAGAUUUGUAUGUUUUUGUAUAUUAUCGUUAUGAGACCUUGCAAAAAAGAAAAAAGAUUAGAAAAAGCACCCAUACUGCUGACAUCAAUUGCUUAAUCAAAUUUUCGCAUUAUCAAUAGAAAACAUGUAAUCCUAAAAGAUAAGCUCAAUAAGUAAAUAUUUUCCAUGCUCAAAUAAUUAGCCAGCUAUUUCUACAAUAAGCAUUAAAUGAUGAUAUAAAUGUAUAAUGAAUGUGAGAAUAAUUUUGGAACUAUUCUGUGUAUAAUAUAAGUUCAUAUGAGACUGAA